ACAAGUUAUUACAAUAGAACAAGAAAUGCAAACAAUCAAUAGGGAUGCAAAGUGCUGUCAAAAAAUUUGUUCAGCAUUAUUAGAACGGGUUGAUUUCACAAAAACUGCCAUGGAAUCCUUGGAAAGAAAUCCGAGUUGUUAUAAAGAACGUUUUGAGAAGCAAGAUUAUUUCGAUAAUUGGGUUAAAUUGAUUAACAAACUAGAGAAUAUUAAGAAGUUCGCUAAAGAAAAUACACAAUUACAUUGGUUUAAAAAAUAUGUAAAUGCUAGUGAGAUAAAAAAUAAUUUUGUAAAACAUAUCAAGGAAUUUGAAGACAUCUGUAAAGCACUUGAUUUUAAUACUGCUAUGUAUAAUUCGAAACAAAAAGAAAUGGAAGCACAAGAUGUAGCUGAUGAUAUUGAACAUUUAAAAAAGACUGUAGCAGAGUUAAAAUCGAGUGUAGAUCAAAUUAAUUCAAAAUUUCCUGGUAGCAAUGUGGGUGAAAAACCUUCAGUGCCUCAAAUAGAUCCAGAAAAGUUAAGCGAGUCACAAUUAUCUUAUAAC